AUGGGGCAUGUAGUUACAAAAUUAACAAAACCUUCAAAAUUUUCAGCAGAAGAUUACGUUCGAUUGAGUUAUGAAAUGAGCAAUUUUGCUUCUCAAACUCUUGGAAAUGAUUGGUUACGUUCCGAUUUGAAAUUUCUCAAACUUUUGGCUAGUCUAUCGAGUGGACGUCUUCGAGUAAUUUUGGAUGAACCCGACAAAGUUGAUAUUGACCAACUUAUUGCUUGUCUUCAUUUACAAGAAUUUUUUAUUGGAUGUGUGGAAGAUGAUGCAGAUUGGCUUGGGGAUGAUGACGCAACAUUUUUAAGCAAAAAUUGCCAAGAAGCCUGUACCUUUAUAUGUGAAUAUGUUAUUGAAUGUGACAAGCAAUCUAUUGAUGCUUCAAAAAAUGCAAAUUUAUUUUUGGCCCUUUCUCAUUAUUUUUACGAAUUUUUGAAAAUUGGAGGAGGUCAAAUAUUGGAAAAAAAUUUAUUUGAAAAAGUGACACCUUUGUUUGACAAAAUUUCGAAAAUUGACAACACAAAAAUUGAAGAAAUGGAACAGAUCAUCCCAGUGAAAUCUACUUGA